GCAAGCCUUGUCACUGCAACUGUUCCGACACAGCACUCAAGGCCUGCACGGCCUGUGGCUCCCGCGAUGAAUGAUGCGGUGCAGGUCAGCGCCAAGCAUCACAUGUGUAGGUUAAAGUUUGCUAGAGCAGCCCUAAGCCCUGGGUUGCGUUCGAAUCGGUGUUAGCUUUGUUUACGUCCUGUUGCUAUGUCGAGAAUGUCUUUUUGCCGUUGCGACCAAAACAUUCAGCUCGCCGGCAGUCAAGCUUGUCGUCACACAGCGCAGUCCGUUCGACAGCCAAUUCUGACCAUUCUACAAGAACCCCUUGAUCUGCCAAAUGAGGCAAAUGCUACCGAAAGGAAUAAAGCGCGCGACUUAACCCCCUUUCAUGCUGGCAAACGCCAUACACGCGAUACGUCAUGACGAGUCCGAUCUCAGUCCUCUCUCCCCUCUCCUCGUCGAGGCAAAAUGCCCGGUCUCCCCUUGUUGAAUCCUUCCCUGAAAGUUCGAAACCGUCUACAAAUAGCCCUCGGGGAAUUUUAGAGAAGCGCUUUUCAAUCUACGACGAGAAUGCUUCCCCGUUAAAACAGGACAUGCACACAGCCUCUCCAACUUUGGAUGCGGAGGAAGAAGGGCUUUGCGACGAAUGGCCUCCUAGCUCACCGUUUCAGGAGAUGGUAUCCGGCGACCUCACCGGCUUAACACGAGAUAUGACCCCCCGGAAAGAUGGCAGCGGCUCUCCUAAAGGCGAAAACCCCGGUGACGACGAUGUUAAUAUGGACCGAGAAGACUUUAAGCCGGACGAGCCGCCUGUGCCUACAGUGGAACACGCGCCGAUCAUGGCCGACAUUACCUUCACUGAUGAACAAAAGGACGCGGUACAGUUUCCUGAUAUAGAUAGCAGUAUCAUCCACUACCGCUCCGAACCGGUCCAAGUCCGAAAAGUGUCCGGGAUGACCGUGAAUCAUGAGAAUAUGAGCAUCGUGUACCACCCAGAUGAGGAAAAGGAAGGUCCUGUUGAGAAUGGCAUGGGGGGUCACGUCCAUUUGGGCUACGAUACCGGAGAUGACACGUGCUUAAGUACUUUUUCGGCUGUGCCCAAUGCCGAUAUGACCCUCUUCGCAAAGUUGAGAGCGGAUUCGCCACUGAAACGUGCUAGAGAAAAUACGCUCAGCCCGAAGAAGGUAGUUUCCCCAUCGAAACUUGGAGAUUCUAUAUUGAGGACUCCAAAUUCUGCAAAACGAGACUACAGACGAAACGGUUGGGGCGAUCAAGGCGGUGACUAUGGAUCCCCGACUCCUGGAAGAAAAUACCCUCGGAUUGACGAUACUCCCAACUUGCUUGAAUUUACCGACCAGCUCAAUGGGUCUUCGCAUAGACAGUACGCUCUUGAGACCAGUUACGCGUCCCCCGCUCGUCGUAACCCGCGUUUGUCUCCACUCAAGACUACUGAACGCUUCCGAUCCCCCAGCAAGCUCUCGUUGUUGGAUUUCGACAUCCCCCCCGUCCCUACGCCACGCUCGAUUCCAUCUAUCACUCCGAGAGAGCUAGAGUCUUUGAAAUCGUCCUUCCUAUCUCAGAUAUCUUCUCUCAAAGCGACUUUAAGUGGAAGAGAUGCCGAAGUGGCAAGUUUGAAGGAAGCUGUGGCCGACGCUGAACGUCGAGUCGGUGAAGCUCUCGAAGAAGUGCGGAAUGAGGCAGCACGGAAAGAGGCACUGGAGUCCGAGCAGCGGGAGUGGGAACGUCGUGGAAAGGAGAUGGAGAGUGUUUUGAGGGGCGUUAAGGCCGAAAUUGUGGACGGCGAGCGCGAAAGAAAGAGACUAGCCGAUAGAGUUGAAGAGGCUGAGAAGUCGAAAGAACACCUUGAAGGGAAGAUUGUCGAAUUACAGAGUCAACUCUCAGCCGUCAGACAGACCUCUAGUGAACAGACAACUACUACCACACUUUCUAAUUCUCAAAAUAAAACGACUGACGAGGUGGCGAAGGACGUUCAAGACGCAGUUGAGAAAGUGGCACGUGAACUGCACACUUUAUACAAAGGAAAACACGAAACCAAGGUUGCUGCAUUGAAGAAGAGCUACGAAGCUCGAUGGGAGAAGCGGGUUAGAGAAGCAGAAAAAAGGUUCAGAGAAGCUAUGGAGGAGAAUGAAAAGUUGAAGCUGGACAACGCUAUGUCUAGUGCUCAUUCCAGCACAUCGCCUGGAGAUGCCACAAUGUUGCGCGAACAUGAAAACCUUGAGGCUGAGAAGCGCGUCUUGGAAGCUAAGGUUAAGGGUCUUGAGCAGGAAAUUCUCUCCAUUAAACAAGACAACGAAAUACUCAAUGAGCAGCUAAAAAACGAGCGCGCCGAAAAGGGGGAACUUGUUGCUGUUGUCGAUGAGUUUUUUGCUAUGCAACAGCAACAACAGCAGCAGCAACAGCCAAUGGAGAAGGAAGAGUCGCCACCACCCCCUCCUCCCCAUAGGGAACGCACGCUGUCCGUGCUACGGACUGAAGUCGGUCAGGAAGAAGAAGAGUCUCUGCCGAUGACCUUGCCUACCUUAGAGUUGACGGCGAAACCUACGGCUCCGUCAAAUGAAAAUGCUCCCCCAGCUAGUAACAUUGCCCGCUUCUCCAACGCUCCGAGUGGGAUACGACCUCGCCCUUCUCUUGGGCCCACGCCCAAAGUCCCAAGGUUUGGUAUGCCGGCAGGUCAUGUGAGAAGCAACAGCAAGGACGAUAAGGGCCUGACUGGAAUUCCGAGCAAAACUCCUCUUGCGCCGCGCAGCGGCAUUAUGAGUUCAAUCGAGAGGAUGGGGAGGGGUGGAAUGUAAUGGUCUGUACUGUGGUGGAUGUUCCACAUAAUGUGAAAACAAAUUUUCCAAGACAGUAAAGGUGUUAUUUUGUCCCCUGCCCCCAAACCCUUUUUCAACCCUUGGUUUUUGUGGAUGAUUGUGAAUCCUUUUCCUUUUUUUUUGGUUUGUGCCUUGCUAUGUACAGAGUAUGAGA